AUGUCCGGUGGGACGGCAAUGGGGAGUGGAGGGCUGGUCUCCCUGAGUGGAGCACCACUGACGCUGAGCGCAGCCAGAUCAACCCAGGGGUCUGGGGGUACAGACUGUUCAGCAUCAGCGGGGCUGGGCACGGCGGGGGUUUCAGGUGCCGGGUUCCCUCACCAUUUACUAGGUCUACAGGGUCAAUCACAAGGUCAGGACGGGGGUCAAAGUUCAGUCGUCUCCAGUAACGGUUGCUGUUGGAAACGUGGCAUCAGGGUCAUCAAUGAGUCCAGACCAGCUGGCUCUCAGUCCAAAGCUCUUUCUGACCAGGGAGGGCCUGCCCAGCAGAGAGCUUCGCCGUGUUGCCUGCUCCUGUCCGAACUGCAGGGAUGGAGAGGGAAGCGGACCCCCAAAGAGAAGAAGCAGCACAUCUGCCACAUGGAGGGCUGCGCGAAGUGUACGGAAAGACGUCCCCACCUGGAGGGCCCACCUGCGCUUGCACACACGGAAGAGAGCCGUUCGUCUGUAACUGAUCUUCUGUGCAAGAGGUUCACCAGGAGCGACGAGCUGCAGAACACCGGAGAACACACCACAGGGGAAAAGCGUUUUGAGUGUCCAGAAUGCUCCAAGCGUUUCAUGCGCAGCGACCACCUCUCCAAGCACAUUAAGACCCACCAGAACAAGAAGGGCGGAGCUGCGGUUGCCAUCAUCACCACUGAUGACAUGGAGGAUGAUGUCCCUGAAGACCUGGACGCCUCUCCUCAGAUUGUGGCGACCCUCUCUCGUGACUCUGACCCCGCUACACCCACCACCUCUAAUCACAUAGAGGAAGAGGAGGUGGAAGAGGGGGAAUUUGAAUAAGCAACAGACUCCUGUCGCUUUGCUGAAGGCUGACUUCCUGUUUUUUUGGGAGUCUUUGCAGGGACUUUAGGGGUGGCUACUUUUUCUUUUUACAUAAUUUAAAAAAUAUUCUCAUGAAAAAGGGAGUAAAAGCGACAGGAUUACGCAAUUAACAGAAACAAAUAAAUAUAAACAUUACAAUUUAAAAAUAACACACAUAUAAUAACAGAAAUUUAGCCUAAACGUAUGAAAGUUAGUUUGGCAAUUUAUAGAGUAAAUCUAAAAUAAUUCCAUUCACUGUGGGGAAAGGAAUGCAAGAAAUGUCUAGAUUAGCACAAGACAGGGGGACCUGCAGAAUCUUAAAAAACAUCGAGAGACAAUUUGUUAAUCGCAACAGAAUUGAACUCUAUGCACAAGGUUGUGUUACUGUUUCAUACCUGUCAGACAGUGCUGAGGGUCAAUCAUGGUACAGGACUGUUGCAGAGCAGUGAUAGGGUAGUCUUGGGAAGGUGUCUAUGUAUGUGUGUGUGUAUGUGUAUGUAUGUAUGUAUGUAUGUGUAUGUAUGUAUGUAUGUAUGUAUGUAUGUAU